ACGAGAAACCCGCAGCCAGAAAUCAGAAACUCGAAAACCUUUUUAAAUUGUUCAAGUUUUGGCUCUUCUUUGGUUUAUACAUUUUAGCCGGAGAACUCAUUUGAUAACUUUUUAAGGUUUAUCUGAUAUUGCUGGAGAUCUGGACAUUUUAUAAUAGCCUAUCCAUCGUACAUCUGGAGACUGGAAGUGUUUUUUUCGCAGCAGCCUAACAACAGUUUGUUUGAAGUGCAGCACUUUUUCAGCAGUUUAUUGAUUUGAUUUAUGGCGUGUGUGCUUCUUGUUUUGGCUUCGACUUUUGAUUAAAGAGCGGAUGAUGUCUAAACAACCCAGUAACCAGCAAGAUUCAGAUGACGAAGCUAACCACACGGAAUCGAUUCCGCGCAACAAGCGCCUAAAAACUGGGCAUUUGCAGCUGUGCUCGGAGAGAAAGCUGAUUAUCAUAUUGGAGCGUUCUCAGCUGGAAACAGUCAAAAAUGGAAAAGACUUCACUUUGUUGUGCUCCGAUAAGCACAAGCAUCUUCUUUCCAAGUCUAAGAAAAACGCGGAUUCUUUUCCCAGACCAGAUAUCACCCACCAGUGCCUUCUGAUGCUGCAAGACAGUGUUAUAAAUCGCGCGGGAUUGUUGCAAGUGUUCAUUCACACGGAGCGGAAUGUCCUUAUUGAAAUUAAUCCACAGACCAGAAUUCCACGGACGUACGACCGUUUCGCCGGUUUGAUGGUGCAGUUACUGCACAAGAUGUCGGUGCGAGCGGCGGAAGGGCACCAGAAGCUGUUGAAAGUGAUUAAGAAUCCCGUGUCCGAUCAUCUGCCGGUGGGCUGUCGGAGGAUCGGCACGUCUCACCAGGCCAAAGAAGUUGUCGACAUUCGAUCGCUGGUCCCCGACAACGGCCCCAUCGUCUUCGUCGUGGGCGCCAUUGCUCACGGGCAGGUUAAUGUGGACUACACCGAGGAGCUCGUAUCCUUCAGCAACUACCCACUGUCUGCCGCCUGGGCCGUCACGAAAAUUUGCGACGCCUUUGAAUCUGUGUGGAAAGUCGAAGAUAAAUAGAUGAUAAUAUGAUGUGGUUUCUUUUGUUGUUCUUUUAUUUUUUGUUGAGACAGUUCAACAGUCGUUCGGCAUUCGAAAUUACAGUUAUUAAAACGUUGUGACUUAUACAUACUGAUACUGAUUGCAGAUUAAAUGCAAAGUAGCCAAAUUGGAAAGUUUAACAGUUUAAGCGUGGAAUUAAUAAUUAAUUAGAUAAUUGAUGAUGUAAUUUAAAAUGAUAGAAUCACUGCUUGCCUUCUUUAUCAUGUUGGUACAUAUAUAUAUAAUACAGAUACAAUACAUUCGAUUAUUGCUGUUAUUUACUUCUUG